AUGGAGGGGCUAAAUUGCUCUGUCAGGCAUUCACAGCUCACCCUUCCUUCACAGGAGGGCGGUGGUUUUCACUCGUGCCUUAAAAUUCCUGAAAAGCAGGGGGUCUCCCCUCCGCGAGGGGCGGUCGGCAGAGACCCCGGCCGCCGCUCCGGCGCGCCUGGGCUGCCGGUACCACCGCGACUGAGGCUGCGGCUGCGGCAACAGCUAACGCGGCGGCUCCUCACAAAAUGGCGGCGCCCAUGGAAGCGGCAGCCCCAUUUUGUGCCCGGCAGAGCCUGUCAACAAAACGCCGACUUGGCCAAGGCUGAGGAACAGAAGGCGGCGGCUCGUUUGCGUUACAGAGAGCGGAGGGAGGAGAGCGAAGGAUUUCACCGCCCUCCUGCCGCCGAGAGGAGACUUUCUAUCAAUGCGUGCCUUAUGAAUAAACCGGCUAUUAGGCUGAUGCUUCAAGUAACACUAUCCAGCACCAAGAUGUUCCAUGGCAUCCUCAUGGCUCUCUCUCAGAGCUGGUUUGCAUUUGCUUUUCUGGUGUGGAAGUAUCUUAAGAGAUUUAAGAGAUGCUGUUGCAGUGGGAUGAAGCUUGAGCUGUCACCCUGUGUUCAUGGAAAACCUGAGGACUGCUUUGUGAAACUGCACCAAAAAAGGAUUUUUAGUGUUUGACAUUGAAUUGUAUUUUGGUGCUAAAUCACAUCAACCCCCAGAGACAUGUCAGGAAAAAAUGUAAAAUGUGUUGCUGCUGUUAU